AUGACUUACGCUCCCAUGCGACUCGUUCCAUACGACGGCACACUCCAGAACUUAUAUUUCUCAUGGAUUGUACCGCGCGCCCUCCCCUUAGCGGCCCGUCACGCCGCCCUUACCGGCCCCACUCACGGCCCCGUCGCCACCCUUGGUGGCCCCGUCGCCGCCCCUUGCGGCCCGGCCACCCUCUCGCGGCCCCGUUGCCGCCGUCACGGCCCACCCGCCGCCCUUCGCGGCCGCGUCGCCACCCUUUCACGGCCCCGUCACCGCCCUCUAGCGGCCCCGCCGCCGCCCUUCAGCGGCCCCAUCGCCGCCCUACCGCGGCCCCGUCGCCGCCCUCUAGCGGCCCCGCCGCCGCCCUUCAACGGCCCCGUCGCCGCCCUACCGCGGCCCCGUCGCCGCCCUCUAGCGGCCUCGCCGCCGCCCUUUAGCGGCCCCGUCGCCGCCCUACAGCGGCCCCGUCGCCGCCCCCUAGCGGCCCCGCCGCCGCCCUUCAGCGGCCCCGUCGCCGCCCUACCGCGGCCGCGUCGCCGCCCUUUCAUGGCCCCGCUGCCGCCCUCUAGCGGCCCCGCCGCCGCCCUUCAGCGGCCCCGUCGCCGCCCUACCGCGGCCCCGUCGCCGCCCUCUAGCGGCCCCGCCGCCGCCCUUCAGCGGCCCCGUCACCGCCCUACCACGGCCUCGCCGCCCGCCUUUGCAGCGGCCCCGUCGCGGCACUUCCGCGGCCCCGACGCCGCCCUUCCGCGGCUCCGUCGCCGCCCCUCCGCGGCCCCGACGUCGCCCUUCCACGGCCCCAUCGCAGCCCUCCAGCGGCCCCGUCGCCGCCCGUCCGCGGCCCCGUCGCCCGUCCGCGGCCCAGUCGCCCGCCCUUAG